ACCGGGAGGAGGGCCCCGGGGCCGUGCAGCGACUUCCGGAGGUCACGGGGCCCGACGCCUUUCCCGCCACGGCCUAGGACAAGUGGCGCAGCCCCCUCUGGACCUGCCCGCGCGGGGACCCUUGUCCCGGGCGCGCUGAGCCGCAGCGGCGCGGCGGGAGAGGACGCGGGCUCCGGCACGGUCUCCGUCGCCUGUUGUCGGGGAGCCCUGGGCCCCGCGCGCUCCCUCGGCCUCUGCCGCCCCGCUGCAGGCGACACUCCGUGGGGUCCGUGUGACACCCGUGCAGCAGCGUCUUCUGCGUGGAGGGCCUGGCUGGCCGCUCGGCGUCGUGUGCCGGUGACUGUAGGGCCGCUGUGCAGAUGGUCUCAAGGUCAGGUUUUUCUUUCAACCUCAAAACAGACUGAAAAGUUGAACUCAGAAUCCUUUUCUAGGAACACAGGCACUCAGGUAUCUACUAUGGUGUUGGGUCCUGAACAGAAGAUGCCAGAUGAUGAUGCCUCUGGAGACCAUGGGGACUCUGCCAGUAUUGGUGCCAUCAACCCGGCCUAUAGUAGCUCCUCACUCUCACAGUCCCUUGAGAACUCUGAGGAGCCCUUUGCCACCUACUUUGAUGAGAAGAUCGCCAUUCCUGAGGAGGAGUACUCUUGUUUUAGCUUUCGUAAACUCUGGGCAUUCACGGGCCCAGGCUUUCUUAUGAGCAUUGCCUAUCUGGAUCCAGGAAACAUUGAAUCUGAUUUGCAGUCUGGAGCAGUGGCUGGAUUUAAGUUGCUCUGGGUCCUUCUGUUGGCCACCAUUGUGGGACUGCUGCUCCAGCGUCUUGCAGCUAGACUAGGAGUGGUCACUGGGCUGCAUCUUGCUGAAGUAUGUCACCGUCAGUACCCCAAGAUCCCACGAAUCAUUCUGUGGCUGAUGGUGGAGUUGGCUAUCAUUGGCUCAGAUAUGCAGGAAGUCAUUGGCUCAGCCAUUGCCAUCAACCUCCUGUCAGCAGGAAGGGUUCCCCUGUGGGGUGGAGUUCUUAUCACCAUCGCAGAUACUUUUGUAUUUCUGUUUUUGGACAAAUAUGGCUUGCGGAAGCUGGAAGCAUUCUUUGGCUUUCUCAUUACUAUUAUGGCCCUCACAUUUGGAUAUGAGUAUAUUACAGUGAAGCCCAGCCAGAGCCAGGUUCUCAGGGGCAUGUUUGUGCCAUCCUGUUCCAACUGUAGCACCCGACAGAUUGAGCAGGCUGUGGGCAUCGUGGGAGCUGUGAUCAUGCCACACAACAUGUACCUGCACUCUGCCUUAGUGAAGUCCAGACAGGUAAACCGGGCCAAUAAGCAGGAGGUUCGAGAAGCCAACAAGUACUUUUUCAUUGAAUCGUGCAUUGCUCUCUUUGUUUCCUUCAUCAUCAACGUCUUUGUUGUUUCUGUCUUCGCUGAAGCAUUUUUUGGGAGAACCAAUGAGCAGGUGGUUAGUGUCUGUAAAAAUAGCAGCAGUCCCCAUGCUGACCUCUUUCCUGAGGAUAACUCAACUCUGGCUGUGGACAUCUACAAAGGGGGUGUUGUGCUGGGAUGCUACUUCGGGCCUGCAGCACUCUACAUCUGGGCAGUGGGGAUCCUUGCUGCAGGACAGAGCUCCACCAUGACAGGAACCUAUUCUGGUCAGUUUGUUAUGGAGGGAUUCCUGAACCUAAAAUGGUCACGUUUUGCCCGAGUGAUUCUGACACGCUCUAUUGCCAUCAUCCCCACUCUGCUUGUUGCUAUCUUCCAAGAUGUGGAACAUCUAACAGGGAUGAAUGACUUCCUAAAUGUUCUGCAGAGCUUACAACUUCCCUUUGCUCUCAUACCCAUCCUCACAUUCACGAGUUUGCGGCCAGUAAUGAAUGAAUUUUCCAAUGCAAUAGGAUGGAGGAUCGCAGGCGGGAUCUUGGUCCUUAUUGUCUGUUCCAUCAAUAUGUAUUUUGUAGUGAUUUAUGUCCAGGAUCUAGGGCAUUUGGUGUUGUAUGUGGUGGCUGCAGUGAUCAGCGUGGCUUAUCUGGGCUUUGUGUUCUACUUGGGUUGGCAGUGUUUGAUUGCACUGGGCAUGUCCUUCCUGGACUGUGGGCACACGUACCACCUGGGAUUGACAGCUCAGCCUGAACUCUAUCUUCUGAACACCAUGGAUGCUGACUCCUUUGUGUCUAGAUGACUAACAGCCUGAGAGACUAUACGUGAACAUUUUCUCUAAGCCUUUUUGGGCCAAGUGUCUGUUAACAUAUCUCUGUUAAUUCAGAGGUGAGUUUUGUUCAAGUGUUUUGAACAAAAGCAAAGAUUUCCUCAUGGGAACAGGGGUAAAAGCUGACAGCUAUAAAUGUAGGUCAGAGACCCACCCACCUCACAACACUCAUACAAUAGCCAGAUUAAAUGACUGGCUUGUGAUGGCCACACACUCCUAUGGGCUUGUGUCUUGACUACUGGAAUUUUAAAAACAUGUGUUUAUAUGUAUUUAUGUAAACCUGAACAUAUCAGUUUGAGAAGAAUUUUAAGGUUAUAGAAAACUAAUAGGUCUUUUGUUAAAAAAUAUUGUUCAGAUAAAUUAGAUAAUUGUUGUCCAGAUCACAAGCAAGAAAGGAAAGGAAAUAAUGCUCUUUUGACAGUGAACUUGUCAAACUGACUAUCUUUUUAAAUCACUUUACUCUGCUGGUUAAGUUUCACUUCACUGUCAUCAACCAAAGAGCAUCUACUAUUAAUCAGCACAUCAUUUCUAAAGAAAACCCUUCUACUAUUUGAUAAUCAUAUUUAACCCUAGUCAUCAGCCUGCUUUUUAAUUACUAUUGUCUUUGUUGUCACUUUCCUUGAAUUUUUUCCUAAUUAUUAAACAAAGAUAUGAUGG